CGCCGAUCGUGCCGGCCUGUGGCUCCAUGCGCUCGCCGCUGACCACGCCGCUGGCGACUGCCCCAGCAUCGCCUUCUGCCGCGUCAACCUCAUCCGCCGACGGCGUCAACCUGUCGGCGGCGCUGACGGCGCUGAAGGUGUCGCUCAAGCGCGACCUCGAGAGUUUCGCGCCGCCCACGCCGGCUGUCUCGCCAGUCCACGGGCGCAGCGCGAACAAGCGCGCGCGCUUCGACUUCGGAUCGAUCGAGGAGGAAACGGAAGCGGACGCAGAGGAGCAGCAGCGAGUCAAGGCACCCGCCGCACCCGUGACCACGAACGCCCUGCUGGCGGUCAGCAACCGCAUCAAGUUCGAGCUAGAGAAGCGCCGCCGCCGCGAUCGUGAACGGGCGCAGAAGCCGCGCAGAAGGAAACAGCUGAGCUACUUCGCCAUCGUCGGGGCCUUUCAGCGCGCAGCGCACGAGCGCGAGGUCGCUGUCCAACUCGAGUGCGUCGUAGAGGCGUCUACGGACUAACAACACAUCGCCGAGCACCGGCAGCUGGUCGUCGAGACGCACCGAGAGUCGCUGUUUCAUCCGUGCCCGCCACCGCCCGUGGCCUCGAGCAUUUUGAGCUAUCUAUUCGAGCCACGUCGUCUUGUUCAAAUAACUAUCGUACCAAUACAGAGAAACAUACC